AAAAAAAAAAAAAAAAAAACACUAAAUUCACUGCGAUAACAGAGCUCUUCUAUUAAAGAAAGUUUCCAUUUUUAUAAAUCCCUUUUGAUGUGUAGUACGUACACACCACCGAGGAAGACUAAUAAGACUAGUUCUAUCUUCCCCGCCGCCGCCGUCGUCGUUAUCAUAAUCGCCGCCGGCCGUUAAAUGGCUGAGCCCAGUGAUAGUAUCGCGCUCUCUAAUCUCCUUCUAUGCCACGAAUCGGAGUCUUCUUUAAACUUAGACGAAGAGAGGAUUGAGAGAUCUGAGCAAGUGCCUCACUUUCCUACUACGAUCGGUGAUGAUGAUUAUGUGGCGGAGCUUGUUCGUAAAGAGAAUCGGCGAUUCGAAACCGAACUCACUAAAACGUCGUCGUCUUCCUCUUCUUCUUCUUCUUUCGAUAGAUUGAUUGCAAUCGAUUGGAUUCUCACUACAAGAACAAGAUUUGGAUUCCAACAUCAAACAGCUUACAUUGCGAUUUCAUACUUCGAUCUGUUUCUCCAUAAAAGAUUCAUCGGUGUAAGUUCUGUUUUGAUGAUGAUGAUUUCCUCAAUAGAAAGAAAAAAAAAUNCUGCUAAGAUGGAGGAACGUACUGUUCCUGGUUUAUCACAAUACCCACAAGAUCAUGACUUCGUUUUCAAACCCGAUGUGAUUCGUAAAACUGAAUUGUUGAUCUUAUCGACAUUGGAUUGGAAGUUGAACUUGAUCACUCCUUUUCAUUACUUGAACUACUUCCUUGCUACAAUCUCUCCGGACAAGGACAACAACAACCAAUCUGUUUCUAAAGACUUGGUCUUGUUAAGAUCCUCUGAUUCUCUUCUUGCUCUAACUAAAGAGGUAAGGUUUACGGAGUAUCGACAGUUCGCUGUUGCUGCUGCUACUACAAUGUUAGCUUCUUCUACUUCAUCGGAUAUUAUUAGAUUGACGAGAGAAGAAAUGGCUAACAAGUUUGGAUCCAUCUCUUGGUGGACGUCUAACGAGAAUGAAAAUGUAUAUUUGUGUUAUCAGAGAAUGCUAGAGAUUGAGGACAGGAAACAUAUGACACCACCGCCGGAAACCUCGGUUCCCCGCGAUAUACAACCGCCGUCAUCAGGAAGUGGCGCUAAACGCCGGUUGUCUUUUGAUGAUUCUGAUCAAACUUUUUCAGCCAAGAGAAUGCGUAGGCUCUGAAGAGAGUUCUUCUUGGAGUUUUGCCUUAUAUUGAUUUGGUUUCUCUUUUCUUUUUUUUGGCAACAUAUUGAUUUGGUUUUUAUAUUCAAUCAUUUGAUUAUAGAGGAAAAAAAUGGUAUGAAGAUGCAAUGGUUAUUUCAAUUUUUGUGAAGUAACUCAUCAUAUAGGUUCGUUCAUA